AUGCAGGAGCUUAGAGACUGCUUGGCCUACAUCAAGCCCUCCCUUCAAACUUCCAACCUCGGCCCCCCGUCGCCAGUUACAAUGGUCGGACUCGUCCUUGCUGUCGGCGCCGCCAUCUACUUCACGGCCGAAAAGGUGCGCGACCACAAGAAAAAGAAACAGGCCCUGAAAGCUGCUGCGGCGUCCCAGCAAGCCCCGCCAUACGACUCGAUUGCACCGGCCUCACCCAUGAGGAACAAAGCGGCUCGUCGCUCGGUGGAACAGCUCCCGCCGUAUGUGUUCAGAGAGCCUCCCCCAUAUCAGACUAAGGACCAGCACCUCGAGUUGAAGGCCACCACCGCCGCGUAA